AUGGCCUUUGGGGACACUGGGGUCCUCCGGGACAACACAGCCCCUGGGGACACCAUGGCCCUUGGGGACACUGGGGUCCUUGGGGAUACCACAGCCUUUGGGGACACCACCACACUUGGGGACACUGAGGUCCUUGGGGACACCAUGGCCUCUAGGGACACCAGGGCUUUCGGGGACAUUGUGGCCCUUGGGGACACCACAGCCCUUGGGGACACCACAACCCUUGGGGACAACACAUUUCUUGGGGACACCGGCGUCCUUGGGGACAUCACAGCCCCUGGGGUCACAAUGGCCCUUGGGGACACCGAGGUCCUUGGGGACACCACGGCCCUUGCCCCUGGGGACACCGCGGUCCUUGGGGACACUGGGGCCCUUGGGGACAUUAUGGCCCUUGGGGACACCGAGGUCCUUGGGGACACCGGGGCCCUUGGGGACAUCACAGCCCCUGGGGACACCAUGGCCUUUAGGGACACCAGGGUCCUUGGGGACACAAUGGCCCUUGGGAACACCGAGGUCCUUGGGGACACCACGGCUUUUGGGGUCACCAGGGUCCUUUGGGACACCAUGGCCUUUGGGGACACUGGGGUCCUCCGGGACAACACAGCCCCUGGGGACACCAUGGCCCUUGGGGACACUGGGGUCCUUGGGGAUACCACAGCCUUUGGGGACACCACCACACUUGGGGACACUGAGGUCCUUGGGGACACCAUGGCCUCUAGGGACACCAGGGCUUUCGGGGACAUUGUGGCCCUUGGGGACACCACAGCCCUUGGGGACACCACAACCCUUGGGGACAACACAUUUCUUGGGGACACCGGCGUCCUUGGGGACAUCACAGCCCCUGGGGUCACAAUGGCCCUUGGGGACACCGAGGUCCUUGGGGACACCACAGCCCUUGGGGACACCACAGCCUUUGGGGACACCACAGCCCCUGGGGACACCAUGGCCCUUGGGGACACCACAGCCCUUGGGGACACAACAGCCUUUGGGGACACCACCGCCCUUGGGGACACCGGGCGCAAACCGUCCUGCGUCGCCUGUUACAAAUUCGGCACCGGCGACGUCCCCAAGGUGCUGGACAAAUACCACAACUGCGGCCCCAGCCACCACCUGGCAGCCAAGGAGAUCCGGCAGCGCGACGAGGCCGAGUGCCGGGCGGUGGAGGAGGCCGGCAAGGCCGGGGACGCGCUGUACCUGCCCGGGAUGUUCGCCUUCUCCAGGGGGCUGCCCGCGUAG